GUCCAGCUUCCAAAUGUGCCCGCCGCGCUCGUUCCGCAUAGAAACAGCAGACAAAAAAACACGCCCCCCUUAUGCUUUUGCGCUGCCGAGUCCCGAAGUCGUCCCCCAUGACGGCGGCCCUUUACCCUGUAGUUGCCCAUGCGGGCCUCUCCCUCUGCCUCCUCCGCCCAGGCACCAGGGUCGAACAUGUGCCCUUUUUAUGUUUCUUUGCUUUUUCUUCCCUUUUUUUCCUUUUUCUUCCUUUUUCUUGCCCGAUUUCCCCUUGUCUGCACUAGGCCGGUUCCCCGCCACAUGUGCACCAUGUGAGAGCCAGGAUGGGGGUAGUAGAUAUCUGAGACAUCCUCCCACUUCGCACACACUUACCCAGCGCUUUUUUUGUCAAGGCAUCCCGGUCCCCAGGCGCCACCAGCACAGCACAGGACGCAAUGGCGAUGGCGUUCGACAUCAACAGCAUACCGGCGAUGCAGCCGCCGCCGGGCCAGACGUCCAACUUUGUCGACCCCGAGACGCUGCACCCCAUCGUGCUCGGCGUGGCCAUCGCCACCAUGAUCGUCAUGACGGCCGCCGUCACCAUCCGCGUCUACACCAAGGCCUUUGUCAUGAGGGACAUGCGUUUUGAAGAGUACUUUGCCAUUGUGGCGGCGGCCGGCAUCAUCCUCUGGGACGCCAUCUUCAUCCACGUGUCGUUCCACGGCUUCACGCGCCACCUGUGGGACGUGCGGUACGUCGACGUGCACCACCUGUCCUAUGUAAGUCGACAUACACGCACGCACAUGCGCAGCAGCCGAACUGACACCAGCCCCUCAACGAACAAACAGAUGAACUACCUCGCCGAGAUCUCCAACUCGCUGACCAUGUUCGCGGCCAAGUGUUCGAUCCUGCUGCAGCUCAAGCGGCUGUUCUGCACGGGGCAGUCGCGCGACGCCAUCUACUGGGCCAUCCACGCCCUCAUGCUCCUCGACGCGGCCUACUACACAUCGGCGGUCUUCACGUUCGUGUUCCAGUGCAACCCGCGCGAGAAGACGUGGAACCCGCUCAUGGAGGGCACGUGCAUCAACGUGGCCGCGGCCACCAUCGUCGCCGGCGCCGUCAACCUGUUCCUCGACCUCGGCAUCCUGCUCGUGCCCUUCUGGGCCAUCUGCCACCUGCAGCUGCCGCUGAAGCGCAAGCUGGGCAUCUCGGCCGUCUUUGGCGUCGGCAUCCUCACCUGCGCCAUCGCCGCCGUGGGCGUGUCGCUGCGCGUGCCGCUGCUGACGGACCCGGACCUGACGUGGCUGAUCUCCAAGGUCGGCAUCUGGACGAUGCUCGAGUACUGCGGCACCAUCCUCGUCGGGUGCAUGCCGUCGUUCCCGCGCUUCUUCAUGCACCUGCGCGGCCGCGACCCGCUGACAUCAGGGUCGCGGUCCAACAACAACAACAACAAUAACAACUACUACAACCACAACCACAACAACCGGUCCGGCGGCGGCCAUGAUAACAGCAACAACAACAACAACAACAACGGCACCAUCGGCUCCGCAGGCGGCGGUGGUGGCUACCGGCCCGGCAUGGGCUUGGGGACGCCGUCGCGCAACAAGAGCGCCGUAGCCGUCGGGCUGGCGCUGACCACGUCUGAGGUGUCGCUGUCGGAUGCGGCGUCGUGCGGCGCCGAGUGCGUCGAGCUCGAGCACGGCGUCGGCGGUGUCGGCGGUGUCGGCGGUGUCGGCGGGCGGGAGCCGUACGGGCGGCGCGGCUCGGAUGAUUCCGGGUUCGGCAGCAGGCGCGACUCGGAGUGGUCGCGGUCGACGAGCCCGGUGUGAUGAUGAUUGUCUGACUUGCAGCUACCAGGUUGAGUGUAAGAUGUUCGCUUCUUCUGUGAUUUAUUCUGUGAUUUAUUCUGUAAUUAGUCUUGUUGGCGGCUAUCGGUUGCGGGCUCGACCGAGUUUGUUCUGGCUUAAUUGUAUGGUGAUGGAUAAGAUAUAUGCGAGGGGGGUUUUGGUGUCGUGCUCCGGCCGUCAGGGGAGAAUCAGGCGCAAGCCACUUUGGAGUUCAUGUUUAGAUACCUACCGUUCAAUCAAGUUACUAUUAUUCA